CACCAGGUGGAACGAGAACACCACGCUGACCGUGGACGGUGUCAGUGCUGUUUCGACGUCCCGCGGCAAGGAGUUCGAGUUCGGCAAGCUGGCCGGGAACUCGGACGUCUACGUGGGCGGCAUGCCCAGCUGGUACAAUAGCAAGCUCACGCUGCUGGCGCUGCCGAGCGUGAUCUUCGAGCCAAGGUUCAACGGAUUCAUUAGGAACCUUGUGUACGCCGAUGGGGAGAGCACGGUACCCAGGAGACAGGAAAUGAAGAGUCGGGACGCCAAGUUUCAGUGUGGUGGAUUUCCGUGCGUCGAGAAUGUCAAACACAAGUCGCCAAGGAGUUUACGGAACAUGAUGACAGCCAAUACAACGGACGCCUGUGAAACUCAUGAUCCUUGCCAGCACGACGGAAUCUGUAUUUCCACCGAUAGCGGACCCAUCUGCGAUUGCCGGUCCGACGAUUACGAGGGCGCCUAUUGUGAGAAAGAAGCAUGGAGCACGGUGCUGCCUACGGCGGGCUCUGGUGAUUACUGGGCGUGGGAAUACAAUAAAGCGUCUUCCGAGGCAUCUUUCAGAGGGACGGAGUAUCUCACGAUAGAUUUGAGCAAGGGCACUCCAAUCCUGAGCACUCAGGAAUCCGUAAUGUUGCAAUUCAAAACGAGACAGCCGAAUGGACUUCUGUUUUACUCCGGGAGCAGAGACGAUUAUCUGACCGUGUCUCUGAGGGACGGCGGUGCCGCUGUGGGGAUGACGCUGGCCAACGGGAGAUUAGAUCUUCAUAUAAAGCCGGGGAGAGUCCGGUUCGACGAUAACCAGUGGCACAAGAUCGUCGUGCACAGGAAGGUCCAGGAGAUCUCUUCCAUCACCACUUUCUGUAAGCUCUCCGCCAUCGUCGAUGGGAUUUACGCGGAACACGGACACACUGCGGGCUCGUUCACACAUUUGGCGAGCGAUCGACUGUUGGUGGGUGGAGGCGCCGACGCGAGAUCCCUGCAGGGUGCCAAAGGGAUCAACAACUUCGUUGGAUGCCUCAGAAAGGUCGAAUUCGUGGCGGAGGGGGUGAAAAUGGAUCUGAUCGAGGCGACCAGAAGCGGAGCCGCCGGGGCGGCCGCUUGGGGCAAAAUAGAUUUCCACUGUCCGGAGCCAAGAGCCUCGGACCCAAUCACUUUCACCACAAGGGACUCUCAUCUCGUCCUGCCACCCUGGAAGGCGGCCAAGUCCGGGACCAUAUCCUUCAAAAUUCGUACCAACGAGCCCAACGGACUGAUCAUGUACAGUCGCAGCGGAGCCCACUCCAGGCAAGAUCUGUUCGCGUUCGAAAUUUUUCGCGGCCAUCUGUAUCUUCACGCCGACCUCGGGAGCGGCCACGAGAAGGUGAAGUCCUCGAAGAAGAGGGUCGACGAUGGCACGUGGCACGACGUGGCCCUUCGACGCGUCGAAAGAGAGGGACGCGUCACUGUCGAUGGCUGGACUGUCGAAUUUCGUACACCAGGUGAUUCCUCGCAAUUAGAUUUGGAUGGAUUAUUAUAUAUUGGCGGCGUAGGAGCACCAUUUGCACCCCUAACAGUGCCUCCAGUAUUGUGGACAGGUGCCUUGAGGCAAGGUUACGUCGGCUGUUUGAGAGAUCUUGUCAUAAACAGUCAACCGAUUGACAUAGCUGGAUAUGCACAGCAACAGGACUCUGGCGCUGUGAGGCCAGCUUGUCAUUCCCAACCAUCCCACUGUCCUUCACGGCCUUGCAUGCACGGCGGCCAUUGUCUCGAGGGGUGGAAUAGGUUUCACUGCGAUUGUACCGGAACACCCUUCACUGGCCCUACCUGCGGUAAAGACGCGUCAACGUUGCACCUGAAUGGAACGCAACAGAUGACAGCGCUCAUGCCAGAGGACUCGAAAACGCAAACUGAGGAGGUGAUAGUGCGUUUCAAGACGACGAGGCCACGUGGACUUCUCUUAUCAACGAGUCUAGAAAAUAGUCCAGAUCGACUGCAGAUCUACCUCGACGAAGGCAAAGCGAAAAGUCUGAUCCACAUCGGGGACAAAGAAAAGAUCUUGGUGGCUGGACAAGGUCUGAACGAUGAUAUGUGGCAUACGCUGAGAUUUUCCAGAAAAGCGAAUGCUAUCAAAUUCCGGAUCGACGACGAGGCCCCCGUAAAAGUGGAAACGCAGCUCGGUAAGCAAGGCAUCCUGGAAUUCCGCACGUUGCACGUGGGCGGCUACCUGCACGCGGGGGAGGAAAUACCACACUUUGUGGGCCAGCUGCAGCAAAUCUGGUUCAACGGUUACCCCUACUUAGAAAUAGCGAGGAGCUCCGGAAAUCAUCAGGCUUCCCAUCAAGGCGUCAUACCGAUCAUCAGGAUCACGGGGAAAUUUGGAAAAAGGAACCAUCCGGUUCACUAUCCGGUGACCUUCACCUCGAAACAAACGUUCGUCGGGUUACCUGUGCUGAAAGCAUACGUGGAAACGAACAUAUACUUCCAGUUCAAAACGCGGGAGGAGAACGGUUUGAUACUGUUCAACGCCGGCCGGGAACGCGACUUCAUCGCCGUGGAGCUGGUGAAGGGGCACAUCCACUACGUGUUCGACCUGGGUGACGGACCGGUCAAGGUCAGGGACACCUCGAGGUCGAGCCUGAACGACGGCAAAUGGCACGCUGUCAGCAUCGGAAGACCAGCGCCCAAAAGGCACACGCUCGCCGUCGACGAUCAUGUCACCGCUGUCAAUAGCCAAGGGAGCAACGAGAAUCUCGAUCUCGACGGGAUCUUGUACAUCGGUGGCGUGGAGAAGACGCAGUACAGCCAACUACCGAAGCAGAUACUCAGCAGACACGGGUUCGAGGGGUGUCUCGCGUCGUUGGAUCUCAGCGGGGAAAGCACGAACCUGAUCUCCGACGCGGUUGUUCCCAGCUCUCUGGUGGAAUCUGGCUGCGACAUGUACGCGAAACUUCAUUCCGGGAAAAAGUGCACGCACGACCUGUGCUCGAAUCACGGCACGUGCGUGCAACAAUGGAACAGUUACACCUGUGACUGCGACAUGACCAGUUUCUCUGGCCCGACGUGCAACGACGAAGCGGUAUCUUAUGAAUUUGGAGCCGGAAGAGGACUCAUCACGUACACUUUCCCCCCAGACCGACGACCGGAAAUGAAGAGGGACACUGUAGCCCUGGGCUUCGUCACCACCGUCAGCGAUGCUGUGCUGCUCAGAAUAGAAUCUGCCGAUAGCGACGACCAUCUUGAAAUCGAAAUUGUGGAAGGUAACAUUUUCGCCAUUUACAACAUGGGCACGAACGACCACCCGAUUGGCGAGAUUGGCGUGAAAGUGAACGACAACCAAUACCACGUCGUAAGAUUCACCAGAAUAGGAGCGAACGGCACGUUACAAGUCGACGAUUACAAUCUUCAGUCCAAUCAUCCGGCCGGUCACCAGCUAACGGUGUUCAACAGCCAGUCGACGAUCGAAGUCGGUGGUCGGUGGAACAGCGAGAAAGCGAGAGUGGAGAGGCCAUUUCUGGGCGUAAUCGCCGGCCUGGUCGUGAACGGUGCCCGAAUUUUGGAGCUAGCCGCCUCGAAGGAUGGAAGAAUCACUUCGAAAGGGGACGUCCAGUUGUUACCUGCUGGGAGUCUGUUGGACCGUGCAGCCCCCUUGCAAAGGAUGCAACAGACACCAGCGUCCGGUUUUCCAGGCGUCAUGGACGACCUCAUAUUUUCCGGGGCCGGAAGUGGCUGCACCGCCGACGACGAGGACGAAGAAUGCACUCCAAUCUUUGAGUCUGGUUCCGACGACAUAAUAACGCCGGUUUACGUCGCGCCAACGAGGUCGCCGACGACGUUCAGGCCGAAGCACCACAAGGAGAAGAUCCAGGAACGUCCUUCGUGCGACGACGAGGAGGACUGCGAGGAAGGAUCCGGGGAGCCAGUCACCACCGAGGAGAUCUUCGUCACGUCGGCCACCGAUUCCAGCUCGGUGACGUACACGACAGCCCACGAGUACACGACCAGCCACAUCAGCACGCAAACGUCUCCAGGCUCGCCGUCGACAUCGACCCGGGACACCGUCACCGUCUCCGGCCAGUACAAUGUGUCAACCACAGACGUCGAGACCAGCCACGCCAGUAGCAUCGUGACGCAGAGAUCGACGACCGUGACGACCCAAACCACCACCACAGAGAUGACAGACCCACCACGACCACCACCGCCCCCGAUCUACCCGCCUAUGCCGACGCCGCCGAAGAACAACAACAAGAACAGGAUAACGUCAGAGGCGGCGGAGAACGCGGCGUUGAUAAUCGGCAUCAUAGCCGCGGCGUUGAUCGCGAUCGUCCUGAUCAUCCUCAUAAUCCUAAAAUUCAAGAACCGCCCGGAGACGAGCUACAAGGUCGACGAGACGAAGACCUUCUGCCAGGACCCGAACGCGGCGUUGCUGGGGGCGGCUGGCUCCGGUCAGCCGUUCAACGGGGCACUGAAAAACGGCGCGAACGGCAGCAAAAUCAACAAGAAACGGGAACUGAUAGACAUCAAAGAGUGGUACGUGUAGAGACGGCACGUAUUCGAGAUCGUCCCGUACGCGUCCGCUUUAAACUGCACACGUGCUUGAAUCUCUCGUGCCAGGUGUCCAGAUACGAGUCGAACUCGAGGGACGAGUGAGCCUCUUUUUAGAUUAUUCGUUGGUGCUGAACGGAGCAUCGUUUCUUUCGGUUUCUAAUCGGUGGAUGUAAGAACGGUGUUCCCCCCCCGCGGGUUAGAGACACACACAGUGGUCGAGGAACGCGGUGUCGAUGGAUCACGAACUGUUCGAUACGUCGUGAUCGGUGAAUCCCAGCGAUUCGAGCCGCGCGCGUCCACGGAGCGGAAGACAACGAGAGGAAGGUUCCAUCGAUGCUCUUAGACGUCGUCGCGCAUCCGAGGACGGACGGAGCCAAGACUGAUCGCGUGAAACGAUACCGAGACGGUGAUGGGAACGCAGAAACGAACGAUCGAACGAUAAUCGCUGAUCCGGGAAACGUCUCUGAGCGCCGACGGAGUCGAAGCAUCCGCGUUAUUACUUCGUCAGAGCGACGCUCGAACGUUUACGGUUGGUGGAACGAAUAGGUUCUUGCCCGAUACGGACCGCUAAAUAGGUUCCCCCGCGCGCAACAGCGAUUCGUACUGCUUUGCUGUUAGGGUUUACCUAGUUUGAAGACACAAAAUUCACUCCUUCCUUUAUAUAUUUUCUUAAAGGGACGAUAUUUAAAAAAUACUCUAUAUGCUCUAUGUACAAACUUUAAGGGAUGCCUUGACUGGUUCGAUGAUAAAUAAUACUCGUUGGUCUCCUUUUAAAGGUUUUCAAUCUUGAAAAGUUUACGCUGGAAAAGAUUGAAAAUCGUUUCUCUCGAAAUGGCAUUUUUCAAACCAAAAUGCCCCCUCUAUCGUUUGAACUGAAACGAACUCGAUAUCUGGAAAUGCUUUUUAUCGCCGGGUUGGAGAAGCAACGUAAUUUGAUGGAGAAACGAAGUUUUUUAUCGUACGUGGUGCACGUUUUUCAAAUAUCGAGUUCUCUUGUUUGUUUUAGUUCGAAGGAUAGCUAUAUUUAUAAUGAAUAUCUUUAUGGCCGUUACGUUUAAGACGACUGGAAUGAAAGUUAUCGCGCCAAACGUGGACUUGAACAAAGUCAAUUAUUUGUACUUACGAAAAUUUCUAUAACUUGGGAAUACAUAAAUAUAUAUACAAAGUUUGAAGUAAAUAUGUCCAAUACUUUUCUAAUGAAAAUUGCAAGUAUCGCCCGAUCUUUAUGGUUCCAAAAUAGACGGCACAAAUUUAGACUUUCAUUGCGUAUUAGUUGGAGGAAAGUAUUAGACCUUUCGGUUCUUAUUUUGUAUACACUUCGAGUACUUGUAUAAAUUUUUCCAAGUAUCAAUAAUUGUUAAUUCUCGAAUCAUAUGCUGUAAAGGAAGUUCGUAACCAAUUGUCAACCGAUAAAAACAAUUCAGAUUGAUCUAUCGUGUGAUCUAGGAUUCUUAAAAAAUAAUCAAAAUUGCGAAAUUUACGCUUUCAUUAUGCGAUAGGUGUAGAAGUUUCCAGCGCAUAAAUGUGGAUCCUAGUUGAUACGAUAGUUUCAAGCCAAAGUUAAGUUUCGAACAAAUCGAUACGCGUCGCUUUGAAAAAUGUUGUUUCAAGAAAAACGCCUUUGGAGAGCUCGGUUUAAAGUUCCGUGACUUCGCCGAGUUCUCGAACUUUUGCAAUCCGUUUGUCGAAACAGACUCUUCGUAUUGGAAACUUCAAAAAGAUGCGAAAGAAAAGCGAUACGGAAGGAGAAUGUUUGAUUCCAAAAGGCAAACUUUACGAUCGACAAAACUUCUUUCUCAAAGUCACCUUUUACAAGAUUACAAAAUCAUCGAAAUUUCUUUAGUGGAAUUCUAUAUCUCUUUAAAGAGUCGUCGUUUAACACUAAACCUACCGACAAUCCAUACAUAUCUAUUCCUGCCAUGACCGGCCAAAUGGUCUUUCUUUUUUCUAGUUAGUUUCAGAGGAAACCAUUAUUUACGAAAAAAUGCUGCCUAAUAAUUUCGUAAAC